GACGGAGAACCCUCUCUCGGAUUGCAGUUGUUGUUAUUUCCCAACUCCACUGAACGCAACCCCACCCAGGGCCGUGGGGAAUCAAUCGUGCGAACAACAAUGUCGACAGCUACCGAUUUCAAAGUCGCUGCUUUGGCUGCUGGAUUUACACUGGGAUUCGGAUUCUUGACAGUGUGGGAGGCCAUCAAACAGACGAGACGGAAUCGUAAUCCGCUGAGAAGUGGCUAUAUCUACAUGAUAUGGGGUCAGAUUGCAGCCAACCUCAUCAUCGGUGUCAUCGGAUGGCUCUUCCUCAAUGGAGUACUGGGUCCGACUGUUCCAGUACUUUUCGUUAUCCUCCUUUGUUGGGUCUUUGAGAUCCAGUUGCUCAUGCAAAUUAUCAUCAACCGUAUCGCGCUUAUUGCUGAGCAUCGCAAGACCAUCUGGAGGAUCAAGUGGGGGACAGUGGCAAUAAUCACGGCGACGAAUAUCGCCGUGAUGUGUAUCUGGAUUCCUGCCCAUACCGUGCCGCCAGCAAGUCCGAUCUAUGUGGCGGUGAACAACGUAUGGGAUAAACUCUCCAAAAUCAUCAUCUUGGCGGUCGAUGCUGCCCUGAAUUGGUAUUUCCUACGAACCGUGCAAAACCGUCUCGUCAAACAACAUGGUCUCCUGAAGUACAAACCUUUGGUCGGUUUCAACGCCAAAUUGAUGGUGGUCUCGAUUCUCAUGGAUUUAAUGCUCAUCGGUCUCAUGUUUUUACCCAACCAGCUGGUGUACAUACAGUUCCAUCCCGUCACCUACAUCGUAAAGCUCAACAUCGAAAUGUCCAUGGCGUCCCUUGUCGUCCGACUCGCGAGAGGUGUACCCGAGAACGACAUGCACGAAGAACAGCACUACUCGUCCUCCGGUCCACGAAGCCGCGCUCAGGCUGUCAACGACAUGCGAAGACAAACCCACGAACCGAGUGGUCACUUCCAGAGCUUCCAACUAAGCAGCAUAAGCAGAGGCCAGAGGAAAAUCAGCGAGGAAAGCCAGGUCGGGAUCACUUGUACUACCGAUGUGAGGGUGGAACGUAGUGACAAGCAGGCGGCUGAGAUUGAGACGAAGAGUGGGAGUUCGAGUUUAGCGGAGACGCUGGGGAUUGAUAAGUUUGGGGAUGAGAUACCUUUGCAUAAGGAUGAUCCAAGAGCGAGACAGGGAGAUCUAGUCUAG